AGUUAGUUUUUAAAUUCCAAGUUUCUUUUCGGCCUCAAAAUGUGCGAAGGGUGUUCAAAAAUCCAAAUUUAUAGUCCAAAGUCGGAUCUUGUUAAAGCUAGCAGAGAUCGUGAUCAUAAUGAAUUUUUAACAACACCUUCAUAUAAUAUCACAAGCAUAGACGAAAGACGAAUGAAAGAAGUUGAUGAUUUUUAUCAGGCAGUCCAAAAGCACCGGAAACAAUAUAAAGACCACACCGGACGUCUUCAUCCCUUGGAUUUGUUCAAAGGGGACGAAUAAUGCGUAUCAGUUUGCACGGGGUCUAAUUUGCUCGUAUCUCUUCAAGUAUCGGAAUGCUAGAUACAUACGAGUACAAAGUACCUCCGGUACUUCCGCUCACGUAUCAGAGAACGACGAAAACACCCUGCAUACCAAUUGCAAUUGCAUUGCAUUUUAACGUUAACUUUUUUUUGAAUUGAGAAUGUUUUUCAAACUCACUCCUCUUGAGAAAUGACCGAAGCCUGGCAACUUUCCAACCUCAUUACAGAUUAUUCCGAUAAUGCAGGCAUCUAUUUUUCAAAUUCUGGAAAGCAAUUCUUUAAAUUUUCAAGUCUGUAUUAAAUCCUUAGAGAAGAUUUAUUUAAGUAC